AUUUUCCACAGAUGAUGAAGUAUAUUCAUCGCGGAUUUGGGAAAUUUUUUUCAAGGGGCAUUUUUGUAAUUUUUUGUAAGGUUUUUUCAAAAGCCCCUUUUACUUGAAUUUUGAAUGGAACGGAUCACGGAUUCGGCCUAAGAAUAUUCUUCACCGAUGAUUAAGUCUAUUAAGCAUCUAUUUGGCCGGAUUUUUUCCGGGUCCAUUUUUGGCAGAUUCCAAAGGGGUACUAUCACAGAUUUCGGGCGAUUUUUUCGAAAGGGCAUUUCCGUUGCAUUGUAAAGCCUACAGAUCAUGGAUUCGCCCUGAGGCGACCUGUGGCUAUUCUCCACCGAUGAUGAAGUAUAUUCAUCGCGGAUUUGGGCGAAUUUUUUUCGAGGGGCAUUUUCAUAAUUUUUCAUGCAAUUUUUUCGAAAGCCCAUUUUACUUGGAUUUUGAAGCCUACAGAUCAUGGAAUCGCCCUGAGGAGACCUGUGGCUAUUCUCCACCGAUGAUGAAGUAAAUUCAUCGCGAAUUUGGGUGAAUUUUUUUCGAGGGGUAUUAUCGUCAUUUUUUGCGCAAUUUUUUUCUAAAGCCCAUUUUACUUGGAUUUUGAAGGGUACGGAUCAUAGAUUCGUCCUGAGACUAUUCUUCACCGAUGAUUAAGUAUAUUAAGCAUCGAUUUGGGCGGAUUUUUUCUGGGUACAUUUUUGGCAGAUUCCAAAGGGAUACCAUCAUAGAUUUCAGGCGAUUUUUUCAAAAGGGCAUUUUCUUUGGAUUUUGAAGCCUACAGAUCAUGGAUUCGCACUGAGGUGGUGUGUGGCUAUUCUCUACCGAUGAUGAAGUCUAUUCAUCGCCGAUUUGGGCGAAUUUUUUUCGAGGGGCAUUUUCGUAAUUUUUAUGCGAUUUUUUCGAAAGGCCAUUUUACUUGGAUUUUGAAGGCUACGGAUCACGGAUUCGGUCUGAGACUAUUAUUCACGGAUGAUUAAGUCUAUUGAGCAUCGAUUUGGACGGAUUUUUUCCUGGUCCAUUUUUUGCAGAUUCCAAAAGGGUACCACACAGAUUUCAAGCGAUUUUUUCGAAAGGGCAUUUUCGUUGUAUUUUGAAGCCUACAGAUCAUAGAUUCGCCCUGAGGCGACCUGUGGCUAUUCUCCACCGAUGAUGAAGUAUAUUCAUCGCGGAUUUGGGGGAAUUUUUUCGAGGGGCAUUUUUGUAAUUUUUUGUGCGAUUUUUUCGAAAGCCCAUUUUACUUGGAUUUGAAGCCUACAGAUCAUGGAUUCGCCCUAAGGAGACCUGUGGCUAUUCUCCACCGAUAAUGAAGUAUAUUCAUCGCGGAUUUGGGCGAAUUUUUUUUAAGGGCAUUUUCUUAUUUUUUGUGCGGUUUUUUCGAAAGCCCAUUUUACUUGGAUUUUGAAGGGUACGGAUCACAGAUUCGGCCUGAGACUAUUUUUAACUAAUUAUUUCAUUUUACAAAUAAAAUAAUUCAAUAUGAGUAGAUUUAAACUUCAUUAGGCCAAAUUAUUUUGUGCAAAUUUUAUACAACCAAACGAAUCAAUUUGAUCAUAAAAAUAAAAUAAUUGAAUCAAUGAAGGGAACUCUAGAUGCAAGAAGACCCUGCCGACUCUCAUUAUCGAGCCAUGUCAUGGGACCCUCGCCAACAACAAGGGCGGAAAAAUGUGUGUUGGCCGGUCAUCUGUCAGCCGUUGUACCUGAAAUUCAUUAAGAUCUAACAAUAGUGGAUUAGUGGGAAAUCAUUCUUCCAGCCAAUGAUCACUAUGCAAAUCAUAUAUCAAUGGGGGAAUUUGGAAAGGGUAUGGUGGUUUGUUGGCCUUUAGCUUUGCUUAAAAUGGGGUUCGAAUCCCUCCUUUCCUUUCCUCUUCGAGAAAACCUUACUUUACCUAUCUGAGCUUUUUCAGCGACAGCGUUGUUUCACUACUAAAAUAUUGAAUAUACAUUGGCUACGUGUAGGUGGAGGGAGGGGUGGAAAUCGGUACGGUAUCCAUAUCCCAAUACUAAAUUACACUUUAAAAUUGAUUUCAAUCCUAAUCCUUACAUAAUCUCGGUAUCCCAAUCCCAAUCCCUAAAUAUUUCGAUAUCUCAAUUGGUAUUCCGGUAUCCCAAUCGGCGAUUACAAAAUUAGUUAAAUUUACAAUUAAUAAUUAAAUAUAUAAAUUAAAUUUGAUUGUUUAAUUUAUACAUGGAGACUAAAAAAGGAGUUUAGUUUUCCUAGAGCUAGGACAUUUGAUUGUUUAAUAUCAGCUGCUUUCCAUACCACUUGUCGAUCGGGAUUUGGUUGCCGCCUGCUUGCUCUUCGCCGAAUCGAUUAGCAAUUGUGAAUUGAGAGAGGCGCACUGGGAGAAGAUACUGACCUAGAUUCUUUUGGUGGGAUGAGAGUAGAUGUUGCGUGUGGGUUGGCCGCUAGCUGCCUCAUAUCAGUCGUAUGAAUUUUCAAAUUCCUAAAGAGUAUCAUUGAACUUUGUAUUAUUGUGUGGGCUAAUGGGUUAUACAUAUUUCAGUUAGCAAUUAAGGGCCGGUAAAAAAUGUGUGAGGACUGAGCAGAGAUUAAUUUGGAGGAUAAAAUGCACCACUCUUUUAUAUUAUAUUUUGGUAUUGUUCCAUAUUUCGGUAUAUACCGAUCUCAAUCUCAUAAUUUCUAAUACGAAAUUACACUUGAAAUUUAAACAGAAUUCUAAUCCCAUGAAAAAAUUCGUGUAUUCGAUAAUACCAAAUAUCGUCAAAUUUUGUACGGUAUUUGAUAAAUACCAAAUAUCAAUACCAAACUUUCAGCUCUAGUAGGUGACAUACUGCCACUGAUUUUUCAUUGCGAAAAUGACGGUUUGUUCCAUUUUCUCCUUUGACGGGAGUACAAACAUUACUACAUGAUGCAUUGCCGUCGCCGAAUAUGGAUGCUGCUAUGUCCCAAAAUCAGAUUUUGCCCCAUUUAAUCGAAGUUUAUAAAAUCCCCAUAAUACCACACUUACACUAAAAGUUCACAAAACGAAGUUUGAGGUUCGUUGCAGUAUUCAGUAAUUUUGGUACCAGUUCUCUAGAUACCGAAGCGAUCUUAUCCAGAUCGUGGCCAACUAAAUCAAUUUAGGUUAAUCGUGGCCAACUGAAGCGAUCUAGCUGACUAGCUGCAAAAGCAUGGCCAAUUUCAGCAAUGUACGUCAUACCUAUGUCGAAACUUCAAACACUCAUAAUAUUGCACUUAUUAUUCGAUCAUAUCGAAUUCAUUUUUUUCUUAUGCAUAACUUUUCAAAAUCUUCAAAGUCGCAAAUUGUUGAAGGUAGUUUGCUACAUCUUCAUCUUUAUAAAAAUUUGGCUUGUGUUUGAGCCUGUAUACUUUGGAGCCCCACUUCACACCAACCUUAUCCCCGCUCUAUGAGUUCGAGGCGCCUGACUUGCACAUACGCACACGGAGGAGGGUGCCCGGGCCCGUUAGUCCUUCGACGAUCAAGUCAGCUUGAGUUUAGAGAGAGAAGUGGUAAGCUCCAGAAUUUAGUGAGAGAGUCCAACUUGUGUAAAUGCUACCUACCUCUCCUAUUUAUACUCACCCAACCCGAGGUUGAGUUCCUCCACUACAGCAUCGCAUUUAAUGCUUUGUACUUUUAUUCUUAUCAGGCGCCCCAACAACUGACAGGCGUCUGAGGGUGGGGGGACCGUUGACAGCCUAGACUUCUUUGGGGUCUUCCGUAUCUUGUCUCUAUGCGCCCCUCAUCCUAUUUGGACUAAGCCCGACAGGCCCCUUCGUGGGCUUCUCCCUCUGGGUAACCAAACCUGUCUUUAUUGGGCUUCGUCAUGCCCUUGCUUGGGCUCCACUCUUUGCAAUAUCCCCCAGUUAGCUUCUCAAGUCUCCAAAACUUGAGGGUCUGACUAUAUUGCCUCGUCUUACCACUGAAAUGAGGCACCCACUAUUUUUCGUGACAGGCGUCUGGGUUUGUCCAGGUGGGGCAUUUCCUCCUCAGCGAUUUUCCGUACUCGGGCGCCUGGACAUCGUGCUCAAUUUUUCCAUUGCUACCUUUUUUUUCCUCGUCACGGGCGCCUGGUUAGCGCGCUUCAUCUAGCCAUUGCUUUUCCCCUUGUUAACUUAGCCGCCUGGCUUGUGUGUUCCCUUCUGAUACCAAUUGAUUUUGACCCUUGCGCGAAAUGCCGCCCUUUCCUUCUCGUAGGCGUAUCGGUUUGGGGUGGCAUGCUAAUUUUCGACGACUCUGAAUUUCUUCUCCUGACAUAGGCGCCUGGUUAGCACGGGCCCCUUGGCCCCCACUCGGGCGGGGGUUUUUUUAAUUCAAAUUUUGAAUUUUGAAACUCAAAUAACCGCCCGAGAUCAUGACACGUGGCUAACAUGCGCGGAUCCCGAGGCGUGUCUCCCUCCCCCCAUAAAUAUUUCUUCUUCCCUCAUUUUGUCUUCACCACUUCGCAACACGCCCUCUCUCUCUCUAACUUCUCUCUAGCCGCCGUCGUGCCUGCCGCCUGCAACUCGCUCCCGCUCGCACCUUCCUUACCAUGUCUGCCUCGCAAAACCAACCUGGUGGCUCAAGUGCUGCUCCUGAUCAAGGCGCCCCGUUGAACGGCUCCUGCAAAGUCACUACUUGGGGAAAAAAACUUUCCCCCGGAUUACGUGCCACUCGACACCUCCGAGGUGCCUUUCAAUGUGGCAGGGCCAAACCACCAAUCUAUCAUGUCGUCUGCGCGAGGGAGGGAGGUGGUUACAGGUUUGCAACUGCCGCGCGAUUGGUGGUAUGCGCCCGCUACCCCGCUUGCCAUUAGGGGUGAGCAACCGGUUCGGUAAAUCCGAACCAAACCGAACCAAAACCGAAUUAAUGUUAUUCGGUUCGGAAUUCAUAAGGAAAAUAUGGAUAGUUCGGAAAUCAGAGUUCUCUCAACCGAACUAAAUUUUUGAAUUUCUGACCGAAAAACCAAAAUACUAUAAUUCAAGCUCCAAAUGGUGGAUUUUUUUAUGUUUGUAGUUGUUUUUAUACUUAAAUAUUUGAAAUAUUUUAUGACUUAUGUGUUGAAAAAGUUUGAUUUUAUCAUUGAUAAUGCAUAUAAUUAUAUAUUUAUUGUUUAUAUUAGGAGUAAAAAAUAAUUUAAAAGUGAGAAGAUACAAAUAGCUUCACAAAUUCGAUUUUGUGUGAAAACCGAAUCGAAUUUUAAUUCGGUCUAAACCAACCGAACCGAAUUAUAAUUCGGUUCGAAUUCGGUUUGAGGUUUGGGAGAAUUUGGGGACCAGGUAUUCAUAAUUUGCGGUUCGGUCAAAACCGACCCGACCGAAUGCCCACCCCUAAUUGCCAUAGUCGGAGUGUGCGAUCCGAAGUGGAUCGGGGUCUACAAGGAAUAUUUUCGCUUUGGGCUACGCUUCCCAAUCGACCCCAUUUUGGAGGGGAUUUUGGCUGUCUGUGGUUGCAGCUUGGGGCGUCUAUCCCCAUUCGUUAUUCGGGUAGUGAUUCUAUUCAAGUUGAAGUGACGAGUGCACAAUGUGAAGCCCACGUUUAAUUUGUUAAGAUACUUCUUUAAUAUGGUGUCCCUCAACAAUUGCUUAUCCCUGCAUAAGCGCACGAAGCUUCCCUACCACUUCGUGGUUAGUUGCCCCAAGCUAGGGAGGAGUUGGAUCAACGAUUUCUUCUUCAUGAAGGCAUAUCGAGACUCCUUCGAGAGUGGGGGCUCCUUCUUAACUGAGCCGAAAAAACAAGGGAAGGAACCCUUGUAUAUUAGAUGUGGUACUUGGAUUGUCUCAUAACAAUCCUCCCCUCAAGACAAGGACCACGAACAUCGUGUCCUCACCUUAGCGAUUAUCUUGAUCAUCCAGACACCUUGUAUCGAUGGGCUUCUCGUUAGAAGGAUUUUUCCAGACGCGGAACUCUCUUUGAUCCGCCAAACAGACGUUGAUCUCUCCUAGAUCCACCAAACAUCCCAGACGCAGAACUCUCUUUGAUCUGCCAAAUCAAACGUGGAUAUCCCUUGAUCCACCAAACGUGGAACCCUUGUAAUGAGAAGCCCAUUGAUACAAGGUAUCUGGCGGAUCAAGAUAAUCGCUAAGGUGAGGACACGACGUUCGUGGUCCUUGUCUUGAGGGGAGGAUUGUUAUGAGAGAAUCCAAGUACCACAUCGAAAAUACAAGGGAAGGAAUCCUUGUAUAUUAGAGUCCACCUAGCCCAAUUAGUACGAUGCCUUUUGGGGAGGAUACCCAAGAGUAAAACCGUGCGAGCUUAGCCCAAAGCGGACAAUAUCGUACUAAUUGAGCUCCCCAAUUAUGACAAGUGGUAUUAGAGCCUUGUUCGGAUCCAGAGCGGUGGACGUGAGUUUGGUGGGACCCUCGUUUGGUGGCCUUGGGAUUUGCGAUCCGCGUUCGUUUGGAAGAUCAAAGAGAGUUUUGCGUCUGGGCUGUUUGGUGGAUCCAGAAGAGAUCCACGUCUGUUUGGCAGAUCAAAGAGAGUUCCGUGUCCGGAAAAAUCCUUGUAACGAGAAGUCCAUCGAUACAAGGUGUCUGGCAGAUCAAGAUAAUCGCUGAGGUGAGAACACGAUGUUCGUGGUCCUUGUCUUUAGGGGAGGAUUGUUAUGAGACAAUCCAAUUACCACAUCGAAAAUACAAGGGAAGGAACCCUUGUAUAUUAGAGUCCACCUAGCCCAAUUAGUACGAUGCCUUUUGGGGAGGAGAACCAAGAGUAAAACCUUGCGGGCUUGGACCAAAGCGAACAAUAUCGUACUAAGUGAGCUCCCCAGUUAUGACAAGUGGUAUCAGAGCCUGGUUCGACGGAUCCAGGGCGGUGGACGUCAGUUUGGUGGGAACCUCGUUUGGUGGCCUCGGGAUUUGCGAUCCGCGUUCGUUUGGCAGAUCAAAGAGAGUUUUGCGUCUAGGCUGUUUGGUGGAUCCUAGAGAGAUCCAUGUCUGUUUGGCGGAUCAAAGAGAGUUCCGUGUCUGAAAAAAUCAUUGUAACGAGAAGUUCAUCGAUACAAGGUGUCUGCCAGAUCAAGAUAAUCGCUGAGGUGAGAACACGAUGUUCGUGGUCCUUGUCUUUAGGGGAGGAUUGUUAUGAGACAAUCCAAUUACCACAUCGAAAAUACAAGGGAAGGAACCCUUGUAUAUUAGAGUCCACCUAGCCCAAUUAGUACGAGGCCUUUUGGGGAGGAUAACCAAGAGUAAAACCUUGCGGGCUUGGCCCAAAGCGAACAAUAUCGUACUAAGUGAGCUCCCCAGUUAUGACAAGUGGUAUCAGAGCCUGGUUCGGCGGAUCCAGGGCGGUGGAUGUCAGUUUGGUGGCCUCGGGAUUUGCGAUCCGCGUUCGUUUGGCAGAUCAAAGAGAGUUCUGCAUCUGGACUGUUUGGCGGAUCCAGGAGAGAUCCACGUCUGUUUGGCCGAUCAAAGAGAUUUCCACGUCUGGAAAAAUCCUUGUAACGAGAAGCCCAUCGAUACAAGGUGUCUGGCGGAUCAAGAUAAUCGCUGAGGUGAGGACACGAUGUUCGUAGUCCUUGUCUUGAGGGGAGGAUUGUUAUGAGACAAUCCAAGUACCACAUUGAAAAUAUAAGGUAAGGAACCCUUGUAUAUUAGAGUCCACCUAGCCCAAUUAGUACAAGGUCUUUUGGGGAGGAUACCCAAGAGUAAAACCGUGCGGGCUUAGCCCAAAGAGGAUAAUAUCGUACUAAUUGAGCACCCCGGUUUGACAAAUGGUAUCAGAGCCUGGUUCGGUUCCGGGACGGUGGAAAACAAGUUUGGUGACCCUUCGUUUGGUGGCCUCAAGGUUUGUGAUCCGCGUCUGGUUUGGUGGAUCCAGUAGAGAUCCACGUUUGGGCUGUUUGGCGGAUCAAAGAGAGUUCCGCGUUUGAUGGAUCAAGGCAGAUCCGCGUUUGAUUUGGCAGAUCAAAGAGAGUUCUGUGUCUGGAAAAAUUCUUGUAUCGAGAAGCCCAUCGAUAUAAAAGUGUCUGGUGGAUCAAGAUAAUCUGUGAGGUGAGGACACAAAGUUCGUGGUCCUUGUCUUGAGGGGAGGACUGUUAUGGGACAAUCCAAGUACCACAUCAGUAAUAUAAGGGAAAGGACCCUUGUAUAUUAGUGUCCACCAAACUCAUUGGUACGAGGCCUUUUGGGAAGGAUAUCCAAGAGUAAAAUCGUGUGGGCUUGGUCCAAAGCGGAUAAUAUCGUACUAAUUGAGCUCCCCAGUUAUGACAGUGUACAUGGCCAUUGUUUCGAGCAGUUUGGGUGAAAUGGCUUUCAUCCAGCAAACUAGGGGUGGGCAAACGCUUCGGUAAACCCGAACCGAACCGAACCAAAACCGAAUUAAACUGAACCGAAACCGAAAUAAUGUUAUUCGGUUCAGAAUUCGGAAGGAAAAUAUAGAUAUUUCGGAAACCAGGGUUCUUUCAACUGAACCGAAAUUCCGACCGAAAAACCGAAAUACUACAAUUGCAACCUCCAAAUGGUGGAUAUUUAUAUUUGUAGUUGUUUUUAUACUUAAAUAUUUGAAAUGUUUUAUGACUUAUGUGUUGAAAAGUUUGAUUUUAUCAUUGAUUAUGCAUAUAAUUGCAUAUUUAUUGUUUAUAUUAGGAGUGAAAAAUAAUUUAAAAGUGAGAAUAUACAAGUAGCCUCACAAAUUCGGUUUUGUGUUAAAAACCGAACCAAACCGAAUUAUAAUUCGGUUUAAACCGAUCGAACCGAAUUAUAAUUUGGUUCGAAUUCGGUUUGAGAUUUGGGAGCAUUCGGGAACCCGGUAUUCAUAAUUUCGGUUCGAUCGAAACGAACCGACCGAAUGCCACCCCUACAGUAAACUAGCUCCAAAAUUGGUGGAUACUUCAAUGAAUCACACAAAAAUUG